AUGGAGAUAGUUCCUCUUUGCGUACUAGUGGUUUUUGGUUUGAGCUGCUGUGUAAUGUUGAAUGAAGCAACAGAUUGCGAGCAAUAUGGUGAAGAUGGUACUUUCUGUUCUGAAAUAUUCGGCAAAGUUCCCGAACACGAUAUUGAUGUGACGUUUCGAUUAUAUACCCGAGACAUAGACGGCGAUGUUUUCAACUUUCCGGCCCAUACUUUGAAUAGUAAUUAUAUGCAGGGGAAACCGAUCAAGUUUAUUGUUCACGGCUUUUCCGACGAGGGUACGGCUACGUGGGUAAUCACCAUGGUCAGAAAGCUGCUGGAAGUUGGCGAUUUCAAUGUAAUAACUGUUGACUGGGACGAUGCUUCGAAAACGUUUUUGAAUCCGUUAAGUUACGACCAAGCAUCAAGUAACACACGAAUCAUUGCAAGUCGCCUCAAACGAUUUAUAGAUUUCCUGUGGAGCAGCAAUACGUCGACUAAUUGGGAUUUCUCAGAUAUCCAUCUCAUUGGCCACAGUUUGGGUGCACAUAUAAGCGGUAUGACUGGGAAAUUGGCGAAGGAGUCCUUUUGUGGAGGUCAAACUUGUAUUGGUAGGAUUUCCGGUUUGGAUCCAGCACGACCCAAUUUCCUGGAGGCCCCUAGCACUGCGGGUGGCCAGAGAACGCCAGGAGUAUACUGUCUUGGAAAAGAAGAUGCUAUUUUCGUGGAUAUUAUCCACACGGACGCGACAGAGGCGAAGGAUAAGUCGAAUAGUAUUUGGGGUCCGUUAGGGAUAUACCAGCCUUUGGGUGACGUGGAUUUUUAUCCCAAUGGAGGUAAUGACCAACCUGGGUGUGUUGCUUAUUGUGAUCACGGGAGAGCUGGCGACCUGUUCACUGCUUCCAUCAACUCUCAAUGUACUUUCACGGCAGAUGACUGUGAUAGUCUUUUGCAGCUGAAGAGUAAAAGUUGCAAGAAAUGUACCUCUGACUCUUGUCAACGCAUGGGUUACUAUGCGACUAAAGUGAUAUCUCCAUCCCUAUAUUAUUUAACUACAACAGGAGACGAUCCUUUUUGUGAUUGCGGGAAUUAUGGUGAAGAUGGUAUAUUCUGUUCUGAAAUAUUCGGCAAAGUUCCCGAACACGGUAUUGAUGUGACGUUUCGAUUAUAUACCCGAGACAUAGACGGCGAUGUUUUCAACUUUCCGGCCCAUACUUUGAAUAGUAAUUAUAUGCAGGGGAAACCGAUCAAGUUUAUUGUUCACGGCUUUUCCGACAAGGGAACGGCUACGUGGGUGAUCACCAUGGUCAGAAAGCUGCUGGAAGUUGGCGAUUUUAACGUAAUAACUGUUGACUGGGACGAUGCUUCACAUACGUUUUUGAAUCCGUUUAGUUACGACCAAGCUUCAAGUAACACACGAAUCAUUGCCAGUCGCAUCAAACGAUUUAUAGAUUUCCUGCGGAGCAAGACGUCGACUAAUUUGGAUUUCUCUGAUAUCCAUCUCAUUGGACACAGUUUGGGUGCACAUAUAAGCGGUAUAACUGGGAAAUGGGUGAGAGAGUUCUUCUGUGAAGGUCACCCUUGUAUUGGCAGAAUUUCCGGUUUGGAUCCAGCACGACCCAAUUUUCUGGAGGACCCUAGCACUGCGGGUGGCAAGAGAACGCCAGGAGUAUACUGUCUUGGAAAGGAAGAUGCUAUUUUCGUGGAUAUUAUCCACACGGACGCGACAGAGGCGAAGGAUAAGUCUAAUAAUAUUUGGGGUCCGUUGGGGAUAUACCAGCCCCUGGGUGACGUGGAUUUUUAUCCCAAUGGUGGUAACGACCAACCUGGGUGUUAUUUUUAUUGUGACCACGGGAGAGCUGGCGACCUGUUCACUGCUUCUAUCAACUCUCGAUGUACUUUCACGGCAGAUAAUUGUGACAGUCUUUUGCAGCUGAAGAGUAAAAGGUAUAUGGGCUAUUCUUACACAAAAGAACAACUAAUCGAUAGUUGCAAGAAAUGUACCUCUGUCUCUUGUCAACGCAUGGGUUACUAUGCGGUCAAUUCGACGCCCCCGUCUCUAUAUCAUUUAUCUACAACUGGCGACGAUCCUUUCUGUGCUCAUACGCUUGGGUGUUACGUGGACCAAAUGUCUUCACCAGACAUGGAUCACAAAUCAACGUCGCUGGAUAUAUCAUCAGUUAGAACAUGUCUAUCUUACUGCCGAUCAAGAGCAUAUGUCUAUGCAGGGCUGCAGUACACCUCGUCUCAGUUGAGUUGUUGGUGUGGGGACACGUAUGGGAAAUAUGGAAAAGCUAAUAGUCCCUCGGAGUGUUCUCAUACGUGUCGCAAUUCUGUUGAAGGAAUAUAUUGUGGCGGGAAUCUUCGUAAUUCAAUUUACGAAACAGGUUAUAUCGGUUGUGUAGAGGGUAAGACAAUUUCAUUUAACCAUGAAGUAACCUCGCAAGAAAGAAUGUAUCCACAGCAUUGCUUGGCUAAGUGCACCAAAGAAGGGUACGAGUAUGCUGGCUUGUCUAAAGGAGACACGUGUUCUUGUGGAAACGAUCAACAGUUUAGCAAUCUAGUGGAUAGGUCGCGUUGUGCGACGCCUUGCACGGGUACAAUAAAAGGUCAACUAUGCGGCGGAACGAGCGAAGUGGCUGUUUUACGCACAGGUAUCGAACACGCCUGCAUAGAUAAAGCUAAUAAUGGCGACUGUGAUUUCUUCAAAUGUUUUAGCGAGCGACAUAGUACAUGCUCUAAGUAUGACAUUGGAGGCGUACUGUAUAGCAGAUGUCAGGGACUCUUCGAAUCGAUCCGAUACAUAUUAUCCGACCGUGAGGCAAUAUUCGCGUGUGUUGCUUCAAAGAUGUUGGAUGAAUAUAAACAGUUGAACCAGACAUAUAGUACUACAGAAUGCAAAAAGAUGUUUGACGACGGGAAAAAGCACUACAAGUCAUGUGCGAACCAGGCUGAGCCCAACCAGUCAAAUAAACGCCGAUCAGCCUCGUCCGAGGAAAAUAGCUUUUUUGAUCGCCUGAAAGAUUCCGACAACUUAGACGACUAUAAAGCGAGCAUAGAUAAUUUAGUUGCUGCAGUAGAAUCGGAUCCGGACAGCGUUCUUUUGGAAUUUAUGCAGGAAGAGUGGUUUCCAUACCCAUGA